AUGUCGUUUCUGGCACUUUGCGUUUUAAACUCUUUUUUAUCUUUCACCGCUUUCUUGUUUAACAUUGUGACAAUAAAUGCGAUAAAGAAAACUUCGUCGUUGUCCAAAAAUUUGAAAACACUUCUCCUGACUCUAGCAAUCUCUGAUCUUGGCGUUGGCUUACUGGCGCAGCCUAUGUAUGUUACACAACUUAUAAUGAAGUGGAAACAACACAACGAAAAUGAUUCAUUAUAUAUUGGAGUAUCCAACGCACACCUAAUUCUGACAAAUAUUUUUGCCCCUGUCACGUUCUAUGUUCUCGCAGUGCUGUGUGUAGAAAGAUUCAUGGCCAUUCGUCUACCCCUCAGAUACCAGGAACUUGUGACACACAAGCGCAUUGCUACUGCGGUAAUCUCAACUUGGGCUCUAAGCGGACUUUUCUCGCUGCUGAGGUUAUGGACGCCAAAGAUGGUCAUGUACGGAUUUUUUGCCUUGUUUGCGUGUCUUAGUUAUAUGGCUGCCACUUGGUUUAGUGUCAGGAUUGUUUUGCUAGUGCGAAAGCAAAUAAACGUUAUUCACGUUCUACAAGGACCUCAAGUAGCACACAGCGGUCAAAUGACCCACGUUAUCAGAUUGCGCAAGUUUGCGAUCGCAUCUGUCUACCUGUAUGUCAUUUUUCUGGUUUGCUAUUUGCCAAAUACUUGUGUUUUACUUGCUAUCGCUUCCAAUGGACCAAGCACAAGCUUGAGGCAUUUGCAGCUUUUUACCAUGACACUUGUGUUUCUUAAUUCAACCCUUAAUCCGUUGAUUUACUGCUGGAAGAUGAAAAACAUCCGACACACUGUCGUUGACAUGCUGCGACACACUUUCUCAAGCUUCAGCCGCCCAACUGAGGAAAGUUGA